GCUCAAGGUUCAUUCUGUUUUCCAUUUAUCUGGCAGUCGCUCUCCCUCCCUAUGCCGUGCCUUGCUUCUGCUUCAAUGCAAUAGAACCAAAGUUCUGAAAUGGCGUGCUGUUACAAGUACCACUAUCUGUUUCUUCACUCUCAUUCCCUGUGGAGAAAGCUUCCACUCCCGCACAACAGCUCCACCGCGACUUUCUCUCGCAAUCUUCGAAUCCCCACUCUGUUUCAUUCUUCCGGCGCGCUACAGUCGAAGGGCUAUUGCAGCGCUGCUGCAGAUUCGUCAGGAGCUGUUCCUGCAACUUCGCCAACGUUGGUUCCUGACGCUGCAUUUGGAACCGGUCAAGCACUGCGGCUAGGUUCAGCUGCCAAAGCGGAACGUGUGACGAACGCUGAUCCUUUAAAUGGCAGAGUUAUGAUUGUUGACGGUACUUCGAUUAUUCACCGGGCGUACUACAAGCUCUUAGCAAAGUUGCACCAUGGUCAUCUAACACAUGCUGAUGGAAACGGAGAUUGGGUUUUAACAAUAUUUACGGCUCUAUCGCUUAUAAUUGAUGUUCUGGAAUUUAUCCCCUCUCAUGUGGUGUUAAUCUUAUGGCUGUUGUUUGGUUUCUUUUACCCGCAGGUAGUGUUUGACCAUGAUGGACUUCCUUUUGGUCAUACUUAUAAUUCAUCAAAAGAAAGUUUUACUGCAAAAGGUCAGAAUUUUCGGCACAAUCUAUACCCCGCAUACAAGAGCAACCGUCCUCCAACUCCUGAUACCAUUGUUCAGGGACUUCAAUACUUAAAAGCAUCCAUCAAGGCUAUGUCCAUAAAAGUCAUCGAAGUUCCAGGUGUAGAAGCAGAUGAUGUGAUUGGAACAUUAGCCUUAAGGAGUGUUGCUGCUGGGUACAAGGUACGAGUUGUCUCCCCCGAUAAAGACUUUUUUCAGAUAUUGUCUCCUUCCCUACGUCUCCUUCGAAUUGCUCCACGUGGUGAUCAGAUGGUAUCGUUUGGUGUCGAGGAUUUUGCUAAUAGAUAUGGAGGGCUUAAACCAUCCCAAUUCGCAGAUAUGAUAGCACUUUCAGGGGAUAGAUCUGACAAUAUUCCAGGAGUUAAUGGAAUUGGAGAUGUUUAUGCUGUGCAAUUACUCAGUCGAUUUGGCACAUUGGAGAGGUUGUUGGAAUCUGUUGAUCAAAUUAAAGAAGAUCGCAUUAGAAAGGCCUUGAUUGAAAAUGCUGAGCAGGCCCUCUUAAGCAAGGAACUGGCCCUGUUGCGGUCUGAUCUUCCAUUGUACAUGGUACCAUUUGCUGUAGAAGAUCUCUCGUUCAAUAAACCAGAGGACAAUGGUAGUAGAUUCAACAGCCUAUUAACAGCCAUCAGUGCUUACGCAGAAGGGUUUUCAGCUGAUCCCCUCAUCAGGAGAGCAGUUCAUUUGUGGAGAAAGUUGGAGUCAAGAUGAAAUUGAGUUCAUGUAUAGAGGGGAAUUUUUUAUUAGAACAUUUCAACAUUACACAACAUGAGGGUAUUAAAGUGUAUACAGAAAGCAGAGUAGGUUGUUCUUGUCAACUAUCGUAUAAGUAUUUGUAAUUUUGAUGUAAUUUGGCACGCAAAGUAUAUAUUUUUGGAGGUAAAAAUCAUAAAGUGGACAUUAGGUAGAGCAGGAAGAAGUGUGAGAAGUCAAAGUCUAUGCCUUCACACACUCAUGCCAGCUAGAGCAUUACGAAAAUGCUAUUUGUUGCUACAUGGCAUUUACACUACACAAUACUGAUUUGCGCUUAAUUCAUUUUACAGGAGGAUUAUAAUGA